CGAGUAGCAGCGUUUGUUUGAAAAAAUUGAUUUUCAUAAAAUAGAUACAUAUUUUAUCAUUUUUUUUUCAUGGUGUCACUUAAAUCAAUCAGUGAAAAAAAUUAGAAGGAAGUUGAAAGAUUCUAUCAAAUCCGCAUCUAUACUUGCUAAAAAGUUGCAUAAUACUCCUGGAAAUACUUUCAAUACUCUGUCGUAACUGUCGAAAUUAAUUGAAAUAAAAAUCGAAAAAAAAACUUCAUAAUGAACAACAAUCUUAUUAUGAGAUUGUGGUUACUAAGAAACUCCUAUUCCGGCUUAACUUUGCAUAAUGGAUCGAAAACGAAUAGUUUUUUGAAAACUCUCGAUAAGAAAUGCAUCAGCUCGACUGCAAAUCCUGUCAAGGAUACGAAUCAAAAGUCUGCAACAAAAUCACCAGCAACAGGAAUUCGAGAUAAAAGAUUAUUUGGGCAUACUGGAAAAGAUUUGAAAGAACGUUUCUCACAUGAGAAAAUUCAAAACAGAUGUGCACCGUUAUUGAACUUAGUCUUUGCUAAUAGAAAAUUAUCUUUCUAUGAUACUCACAAUAACUAUCCAGAAAACAAUAUUGAUGAUAUGGGCUUACAGAGGAGAUUUAUGUCAAUGUUGCCCCAAAGAGAACAAGAACAAAAAAAUGCAGAAGAUGUCCUUUUUGAUAUGUUCUACAAUGAAGAGACCGGUUUAUUGUCAAUGGGCAAGUUCUUAGCGGCCCUUAAAACAACCGGUAUCCGCAAGACUGAUCCUCGAAUCAAGGAAUUGAUGGAAAACUUAAAAAAAGUUCAUAAGCUUUCGAAUUACGAGUCAGGUUCAUCUGCUGAAACACAAAAUCUUAAUCGAGAAACCUUUAAAGGAGUUAUCGCACAAAACAUUGUCCUAAUUGCAAAAGCUUUUCGCCAACAAUUUAUUAUCCCUGAUUUUACUGGAUUUGUGAAGGACAUUGAAGAGAUUUAUUGGAAAUGCAAAAGUAACACAGAUGGCAAAGUAGCCAAUUACAUACCCCAACUUGCUCGCUACAGUGCUGAAUCUUGGGGUGUUAGCAUAUGCACUAUCGACGGACAGCGUUAUUCAAUUGGAGAUGUUGAUGUUCCAUUUACACUUCAGAGUUGCAGCAAACCUCUAACAUAUGCUAUUGCAUUGGAAAAACUUGGUCCAAAAAUUGUCCAUAAUUAUGUUGGACAAGAACCAAGUGGGAGGAAUUUCAAUGAAAUUAUUUUAGAUCACAACAAUAAACCUCACAAUCCAAUGAUCAAUGCCGGAGCUAUUAUAACAUGUUCUUUGAUGCAAACACUUGUUAAACCUGAAAUGACUAUGGCUGAAAAAUUCGAUUACACCUUACAAUGGUUUAAGAAAAUGUCUGGUGAUGAAAAUAUCAGUUUUAAUAACGCUGUUUUUCUGUCUGAACGUGAAGCUGCUGAUAGAAACUAUGCCCUCGGAUUUUAUAUGAGAGAAAAUGGUUGUUUUCCGAAAAAAGCCAACUUGAAAGAAGUUAUGGAUUAUUAUUUUCAGUGCUGUUCCAUGGAGGCAACAUGCGAAAUAAUGUCCGUGAUUGCAGCUACUUUAGCAAAUGGUGGAAUCUGUCCAACGACCGAAGAGAAAGUUCUCCAGCCUGAAGUUGUACGUGAUGUCUUGUCAAUUAUGCAUUCCUGUGGUACCUACGAUUACUCUGGCCAAUUUGCCUUCAAAGUUGGUCUGCCAGCUAAAUCUGGUGUGUGUGGUGGCAUGAUGUUAGUCAUUCCCAAUGUUAUGGGUAUAUUCACAUGGUCUCCACCAUUGGAUAUGCUCGGCAAUAGUUGUCGAAGUGUACAGUUUUGUGAGGAAUUGGUCCAAGCAUUUAAUUUCCAUCGAUACGAUAACUUGAAGCAUGCUUCCAACAAAAAAGAUCCUCGCAAGCAUCGUUACGAAACUAAGGGGCUUUCCAUUGUCAAUCUUCUCUUCUCAGCGGCAAGUGGCGAUGUAACGGCUUUGCGUCGUCAUCGUCUCUCUGGCAUGGACAUAACUUUGGCCGACUACGAUGGACGCACUGCUUUGCAUUUAGCUGCAUCGGAAGGACACUUGGACUGUGUGAAAUUCCUUCUUGAGCAUUGCCAUGUGCCACAUAAUCCAAAAGAUCGAUGGGGUAACUAUCCCAUUGAUGAAGCUGAAAAUUUUGGUCAUCAAGCAAUUGUUGACUAUUUGAAAGAAUACGGAGAGAGGGCUGGCAGCGAAGAGGUACCAACAACAGUUUGCAAAAAGAACACCGAUGCUGAUGAGGAAAUUACUCCAACUGAAUAUGAUCGAAGUUCAACAGCCAGUCCAGUACCCUCCGAUAGUGGUGACAACACCAGACCAGGUCUUUAAGGCGUUAUAUUCCUUCCUCUAUAUACCAACCAUAAACACUCCCAAAAUACACCACCUAUACAAAGUUGGUCUUCAAGACCAUCAAUUUACCUAAAUAUAUUUAUUGCUAAACAAAAACAAAAAAAAAAUACAAGAAAAUUUGUGCUGUGUUCUUUGACUAAAGGUUUGUGUCUUGGAAAAAAAUGUUAAGAUUUUUCAGAAUGUUUAAAAAAAUAAAUGUAUACCCAAUUCUCCUCCUAUACAUAAUAAAUGAGUAUGACAAUAAUAAAUUAUAUUUAGGAGGUAAAUCAUCAGUCAAUUUUACAAAAUAAAUUAUUUUAAAAAGCAUAACUUAAGAUGCUUGUAAUUAUCAUCAACUUAAUAUGUGUAAUUAAUUUU